AUCAGGAAGUUCAGUGAGUCAGAUUGUGUGUGUGGCUUUUUUAAUUGCUAUUAUUACAGGCGACUCAUUGACAGGACUGAGAGUUCGCCGGGACAGUCUCAGACCAUGAACUACGUGGGGCAGUUGGCAGAAACUGUGUUUGUUACUGUCAAGGAGCUUUAUAAAGGCUUAAACCCAGCAACUUUAACAGGAGGGAUUGAUGUGAUCGUAGUUCGUCAGCCUGAUGGGUCUCUUCAGUGCUCUCCCUUCCAUGUACGCUUUGGCAAGCUGGGUGUGCUGCGAUCGAGGGAGAAAGUGGUGGAUAUUGAAAUCAAUGGAGAGCCUGUUGAUCUACAUAUGAAGCUUGGUGACAAUGGCGAAGCAUUCUUUGUGGAAGAAAAUGAGGAUUUCCAGGUUCCAGUGCAUCUCUGCACGUCACCAAUUCCACAGCAGAGCUUGGAUAUUCCCAGGACAGCUGACACUCCCACCACUGUCUCCCGGAGGAAGAAACGGCGGCGGAAACGUACGAGAACUGAAACCCCCUGGAGAGAGGAUGGGGACUCUUCAUCAGAUGAGCGGGAAAUACCUGAGGGUCCCCCUUCCCUCUUGAACACAUCAGAGUCUGAGAAGCGAGGGGCGCUGGAUGGUGAGGGCCAGGGUGAUGGCACUUUCCCCCACUUACUAGCCUGUAAGUCCAUCUACUAUUCAUUUUCAGAGGAUCCGAUUGAAAAUCUUGAGUGCCCACAGCCAAGUGAUGUUCACCCUUUUUCAGACGGAGAAUGGACACCUCCUGAAAGUGUUUUUCAGAGUCGACCUUCCUCACCAAAGAGUGACUCGGAGUUGCUGGUUAAACCUCCCGAGGCAGCUGGACCUCAGAUGCAGUGGUCCUGGGGAGGAUUUCCUAAGAUCAAACAGAGUGAGAGAUGUGUAGUAGAUGGCAUCAGGAUGACCCCAACAAUCAGGCCCCAGGAAACCACACAUUUUCGCACUAUUCAACGACAGGAGUCCAUAGAGUUUGACUUUGAGCAGGAACAGAAUGGCAGUGUCCUCCUACGACCACAACCUAGAGACUAUUCAUUGAGCACCAAGCAAGCCCAAACUGCAGACGUGCAGCCACUCCUGCAGUGCUCAAUGUGUGGUGUCGACACACAGACAGAAGAACACCAAAGUGAGGACCUGAGACGUUUACAAAGCAGUCCAUGUUUAGAUUCUCAGCUGGAGAAAGAAGUUGCUAAUGGUGCCUCAGUGGAGCACAAAGGCACAAAUGCAUCAGAGACUGAAUUUGUUGGUCUUUUAAGAAGUUCACCCUCUGGAGUAACCAUUCCUGAGGCUCACCCAUUUGAAAACGACGAGUGUGCUUUAACAUUACAGAGUAGGCCGGAUGCUUCUGAGACAGGGAGUGAUCAGGGACUGCUGUCUGAAAAUCUAGACGCUGUAAAGCCGGAAGAUUCUGCUGAAGGACAGGUACAAGAUACAGACCAUCAAGACUUCGAGGUGACUGGAAAAGCUAUGAAGAAGGCAGAGGAGCUCCAUCAUAAGUCUGAGGUCAUAGAAAUACGGCUUGAGGAAAAUUUGAAUAGUGACUCUCAAUCGGCUGCUGCGGAAACGGCUGCAAAACUUGAAGUGAGCGAUAAAAAGAAAGGUAAAAGGAGCCAGCAUUUGGGACCUGCUGAUAUUUACCUGGAUGACCUCUCAGUUCUCGACCCAGAAGUUGCUGCUCUCUACUUCCCCAAAAGUGACAUGGAACUGGCAUCAAGAGCUGAUCCCGGGUCUCAGUCUAGCACCCAGUCUCCACAGUCAGUAGGCAGUGCCGCCAUUGACAGCGGAACAGAGUACCUGUCUGACUCGCCGGUCGACUUACCUGACGUGGCUUUGUCCUUGUGUGGAAAGAUCACAGAUGGCAGCGAGAUUAACAAAGAGAAGUUUUUUGAACACAUUGUCAGCUUUCAAGAUUUUGCUGCCAAUCCAGGAGUGAUUGAGGACCCCAAUCUUGUUGUGCGCAUUUCCUCAAAAUACUACAACUGGGCAGUUGCUGCUCCUAUGAUCCUAUCAAUGCAGGCCUUUCAGAAGAAUUUGCCAAAGAGCACAGUGGACCAGCUGGUAAAAGAGAAGAUGCCCAAGAAGUCGGGUAGAUGGUGGUUCUCUUGGAGAAGGAAAGAUCUAGCAUCUGAGACAAAAGCCAAUGAAGAAAAAAGUGAAGAGAAGAAAAAGCCAGACGAACCCGUCACCAUUGCGACUCCUCCAAAGGAUAAAAAAGGUGACACAUCAAGUGAUGACGACUCGGGAAUGACCAGAGACAGAGAGCAGUCUGACAUACAAAUUACAACAAAAUGUUUCAGUCAGUUGUACCGGAAAUCUCUACGCCUGAGCUCAGAGCAGAUUGAGCAACUGAAUCUAAGAGAAGGCGCCAACGAGAUUGUGUUUAGUGUGACCACACAGUACCAGGGUACGUGUCGAUGUGAGGCCACCAUCUACUUGUGGAACUGGGAUGACAAAAUCAUUAUUUCCGAUAUCGAUGGCACUAUUACCAAGUCCGAUGCAUUGGGGCACAUCCUCCCUCAGUUUGGUAAAGACUGGACGCAUCAAGGGAUCGCCAAACUCUACCACAAGAUACACAUGAAUGGCUACAAAUUCUUGUAUUGUUCUGCACGGGCCAUCGGUAUGGCAGACAUCACCAAAGGCUACCUGCAGUGGGUUAAUGACAAGGGGACAGUCCUGCCCAAGGGACCAGUGCUUCUCGCGCCCAGCAGCCUUUUUUCUGCCCUGCAUAGAGAGGUGAUUGAGAAGAAACCCGAGAUCUUCAAGAUUGCUUGUUUGAAUGACAUCAGGAACCUGUUCAGUCUGCAAAGACAACCUUUUUAUGCAGCCUUUGGGAACAGAGCUAAUGAUGUUUAUGCCUACAAACAAGUUGGUGUAUCAGAUGCAAGGAUCUUCACUGUGAACCCCAAGGGAGAACUCAUUCAGGAAAAAACCAAAGGAAACGUAUCUUCGUACUCUCAUCUGAGUGAGCUGGUCGAACACAUCUUUCCUCUUCACAAACCAGGACAGUGUCUGUUUGAGUGUCCGGAGUUCAGCCACUUCUCAUACUGGAGAGAGCCCGUUGCGCCACUCAACCUUGACGAGCUCUAAUUAAUCUGACCCCUGGGAUGGGUACUGUCAGGGCACAAAGCUCGAUGUUGGCAAAACACUAAGAAAAAGUUUAUUAUGGAGGAGCAAAAGUGUCCGAGGUUAGCAUUAGUCUGCUGCCAGUACUGGAUUUGUUUAUGCAAUUCAAUGCAGUCUAUUUUUAUAUGAAACCGUUAAGACUGUAAGGAACGCAGUAUGUUUUAUAUUAAGACUAUGCCUUACAUGAGGGACUGUAAAAAUAUUUGUUUAGAAAAGUGGGAUGCAAAUGGGUUGGUUUAAAAACAAAAAAAUAAAAUAAAAUAAAGCUAACCAAUAUUUCUGUCUAAGCUGCACAGCCGGGUGAGGCACUUUGUACCCAAAUGUUUGUCACACGUGAUUUUGGAAAUGAGGAGAGCUAAGGAACAGAAUGUGCAGCGUGGCGGAGCAGUGAACGUUGUUUUCAGUAGCGGGUCUACUGCCUAAUGCCAAGUACCCGUAGUUUGGAUGCUCUAUAGUGUCACUGCCAGGACAUCUGCCCAUUACUGGUGAAGCAUUAUGGAUCACAUUAAAAUAACAUGCUACAUAAAGAGCUACUUUACACCAUAAACAUUACUAAGGAGGAAUUAUUUUAAUUGUUAUUUAAUUUGGUUUGAUAACUAAAAUGUUUGUCUUCUUGUUAUUGGGGCUUUACUUUCCAAUAAAUGAUUUUUGAGUAUUUAAAAAUUCAUGCAGCCUUAAAAAAUAGAAAAGUUCAUUUGCCAAUGAAAACCACUUAUGAACAAGAUGUGCAGAUAUUUCACAUUGUCAAACCCGGCAUGGCAGAAGGUUAAGGUUUCUUUAUUUGCCAUUUGUGCAUAAAACUGACGGUCAAAGCACAUUGGAACUCUUGUGCAGAGCUUUUUCAGAGUCAUCAUAGUAAACAAAACAAUAUAAAUACAUAAUGUGAAUUAUACCAACACUAUACAAAAUGGUGGUAAUAUCUACACAAAAAAACAAUAAUAUUGCACAGUUAAAAUAUUUCACGUUUGUCACUCGUCAUUUACAUGACACGUGAAGUGAGGAAGUGUGGCGUAUUUUACAUGUUCAGUAACUUGUUUUGCCAUCAGUCUGACUGUUGAAGCCCUUGUGGUGUGAGUGACGAUGCUGUCCGCUCUGCUGUGUCUCAGAUUGUACGUACAGUUUGUGUCUGAGCAGAGAGUGAGCUCGAUGGAAUGAGUGCCUCACCAUUUCCGACAGGGAUGUGCGUACAUUGAGUCCAUAGACCCUAUGAUCCUCUCUGCCCGUGUGUAGUUCCCAUAGCAGACGGUGAUGCCUGCGGUGAGAAUGCUCUGUCAGUCCUCUGUAGUCCUGGUGAGAGGCCGACGGUUCAGGCCGACUUUCCUGAGCAGCCUAAUAACAUAAAGCCUUUGCUGGGCUUUUUUCACUGUGGCUGUGGUGGUAAGAGUCCAGUUCAGUCCCAGGAAUCUGUGGCGGUCGGCCCUCUCCGCCUCGGUCCCUUUGACGAUAGUCUUUGGUCUCGUCUGUGUUGAGGAUGAGGUCAGUCUCCUCUCCCAAGACAAGGAUGUUGUUUAGCAGGGUCCAGUACCCUGACUCGUCCACUUCUGCACAGGACUCUUAAACCAUCUGUAGUUGGUGUCCCAUACCCACCCAUGGAAAGUCUCUGCUCUGAUCAGCUCAGUGGGGACUGGACUACAUCUUUCUGUUUUUUAAAGGUAUCUGAAAACUUUUUAAACAGAUGGCCCCAAACGCAUCACUCAGCCUUUUUUUUUUUUUUUGCCCCUUUUCUUUUUCCAGUACAGUUGCAGACAAGGCAGGAGUGAACAUAACGGAAAAACCAAACUGGAUGGCAGCAACAUGCAGAGUUGCCAUCCGUCUAACGGGAAGGGGGUAUGGGGGUUUAAAGGUCUGGAAAGGCUAAAACUAGCAAUGCCUGCUGGGACAGCAAUGGCCCCUGCCACAUCCAUCUUAAAAUUAGGACAGUUCUGCGAUUGGAGAUUGUGGGGAAUUUCUCAGUUUUGUUCCUUUCUCUUGUUAAGAGAUAGCAAAAACUUCAGGGGUGCCUGUGGCGAGAGGUUCGCUCACAGCUUGUGCCCCUGCCUGUCUCAGCUACCCACGAACGGUAUGAAGCAUGUGAAGUAUGUGCUUCACUCCAACAGCCGGUGGGCCUUUUCUUUUGGCUGCUGGUCAACGUCGAGGAGUUUGCUAAGGAUGGCAGAGAAGACUCCUCUGUAAUCAGAAGAGCCCAAGUUCAAAUUGUAUUGUUGCCAUGAUCAGGAGGACAAGCAAGCUAAGAGGAGGUAUGGCCAGGAGCAAAUUCUGCACAGGGGGCUUCCCAAACUCAGGCCUGGGGACCACCUUCUGUUUUUAAUUGGACUCCAGGUCUAAUAAGCUUUGUGAACAAUAUAGAAAUUUAGAAAGGUACGGUACCCAGCAGUUAUAUGGGUGGUGUUUUUUUUUUUUUUUUCUUUUUAACCCUGUUUUCAUUCUAUUUUUCCAGGUGUUCUAAUUGUUUAAUUAAUCCAUUCUUUACUGAUUAGUGGGUCUGACACCUUUGAUUAUUCAGUGAUUGCUCGUUUUGAAUUGUCAUUAAAAAGAUACAAUGCAGGGAGAAAACUGCACAGAGGAAGGGCAAUCAACAAAAGAGAGUUAAACAUUUAAAUCUAACAAAAGCAGAAACUUCUAAAUGUCUUAUAAAUCCCCCUCAAAAAACACUGCUGUGCUUUUCUGAAUGCAGAAUAAGAAAAAGAUCAGCAGUAUCACCGAUUACCUGCAGGCAAGCUGUAAGUUAAGCUACGACAUUUAACUGCCGUUUUCAGUCCUGUCAAGUGGACUCACUAGCACAGCAUGGCGUGUGGACACUGAACAAGUUCAGCUCAACUCCCAACAUAUCUACUUGCAAACAAACUUAUUAACUCGGCUCAUUGAUGGCUUCUCUAAAUUCACUUGGAAGAAUUCAGGCCAUAGCAAAAAAAAAAA